AUGGCCACCCGGUUCGGCCCCGGGGCCCAGCAGUUCCCCUCGCCGCAAAGCGGCAACAUGCGGCCCGGGUAUAUGCGUCUCGGCAGCACGAACAGCACGACCACCCCCAGUCCCAACGGCUACGGCCAUCCGCAGCGGCAGCCGAGCGGCGGCGGCAGCGGCGGCGGCGGCGUCGGCGGCGGCGUCGGGGCGCCCAUGCGCAAGCCGGACCGCAAGGACGCCAAAGAUGUCGCGUGGGUGCACUGGCGCGCGCUCAAGGACUUCCUCACCGCGUUCGGGAACAAGGAAUCACCGACGGCGCGCGCGAGCGCCCGCGAAAAGCUCACGCGCUUGACCCGCCUCCAGUUCUUGGAGCUUAGUACGGACGUUUACGACGAGCUGAUGCGCCGGCUCGCCGAGGAGAGCAAUAACCCGGACAACACAGUGGCCCCGUUCUUGCCGGUCCGCGACGACUUCCACCCGAAGCGCAACCAGGCGCGGCAAAAGCUUGCGACGCUGCCCAAGAACCGUUUCAAGGAUCUGGCGAGCGACGUCUUCUUCGAGCUCUGCAGGAGGUAUCCCGAGUUUGAGAGCGAGGCAUCCAAGGCCGUCGACGGCGAGCAGGAGAUGCUGCACGAGGAGACCCCGACGCCGACGUACGGAGGCAGCGGCAUCCCCCCGUCCUCCAGUUCGUCGAGCUUGGCAUCGCAGACGCGAGGACAACAACGACCGACGCACCAGCGCAAGGGCUCGUCCAUGGGCAGCAACAGCAGCGCCGACCGGGAACGCAAUAACGCGUCGGUCAACUCACAAGCGCGCGACCGCUACGCCAAUCUCACCACGCCGACCAACGACGUCGUCGUGCCCAAUAAAAGUCGCCUGCUGGAAGAAGCGAUCGAGGUGCCCUACGCGCGUGACUCACAUCACGAGGAGUCGGAGGCGCUGCUUCAGCACGGUGGGGGAGGAGUGCGCGACCAGCGCGCAGAGUCGCCCUCCCAAACCUCGGCGUCGCACGACCCGAUGUCGCCAAACGCCACGGAUGAGCAAUAUCUCGAUCGCAUGUCGUUCUCGUCCAACCCCACACGGGCACGAAAGGGGAGCAUCAGCGGCCUCACAUCCCCAAAAGGAUGGGAGGACCAGGAACACAAGCUGCGUGCCGAGUACGAGCUGCGCAUUGCUGGGUUGGAGCGGAAACUACAGGCGGCAGAGGGCGAGCGGGAGGACAUCCAACGCGAGCUGGCGGACGAACGCGAGCGGCGCAAGGACUACGAGGACGAGGUGCGCGGCUUGAAGGAACGCUCGGCGGGGCACGCGUCGACACUACGCUCGAUGCAGGACGAGCUGGACGUGUCGAGAGACGAGACGGCGACCGUGCGCAAGGAGUACGACCAGAAGCUGCGCCAAAUGCAGCACGGGAUGCAGCAGGCGCAGGAGGAGAUUGUGCAGUGGCGCCAGCGGUGCGAGGGCUUCCAGGACGAGCUGCACCGCUUGGAGACGGAGCGGGCGGAGCGCUCCACGCGCGACGUGGCGCCGGCGCCGGCGGUGGUCGCGGCGAACGGCGAGUCUGUCGCCGAGCUGCGGAACGAGAUGCGCUCACUCGUCGACGAGCUGCGGUCGCUGUCGAUGCAGAACGACGAGCUUAUGACUGCUCGCGAGCACGACCGCGAGAAGCAGAGCGCGCUCGAAGCACAGGUCGACGAGUACCGCAAACAAGCAAAUGCGGCGCGUACAGAGCUACGCAACCUCAAGGCCACGUCUACGAUGUUCGUCUCGCAGCCGCUGUCCAACGACCACCUCCCCGCCUCGUCCGACGGCAACAUUGCGGACGUACACGUCUCGUCCUUCCAGUCGGGCAUCGACGGCCUGCUGGCCGCCGCGCGCUCGUCGGCGCCAUCCGGCGUGCUGCCGUCCAUGAAGGCGGUGGUGGAGACCGUGACGAGCAUCGGGGACGACGUCAAGGCGUUCGAAGACAGCCCGAAUCUCGACGUGGACGUCUCGCGCCUCGAGUCGCUCAAGUACGAGUCGACGACGCGCCUCUCGGCCCUCAUGACCGCCGCGCGCAACCACGCCAUGGCGAGCGGGCUGUCGCCCGUGUCCCUGAUCGAUGCGGCUGCGGGACACUUGACCGCCAACGUCGUCGAGAUCAUCAAGCUCCUCAAGAUCCGGCGGUCGGGGAGCACGCGCGAGAUUCUGAACAAGCAGAACUUGAGCAUUGGGGAGAUGGUGCGCCGCAAGUCGGGGUUGUACGCGAGCAUAGACGAGGCGGAGGAGGACGCGGCCGCCGCCGCCGCCGCCGCCGCGCGCGGCUCCAUGUCCCCUCCGGCGCGAUAUGGCGAGCGCAGGCCGAGCGGUGGGCUGGGACACAGCAUCAGCCCGCCCCGCGCAUACGGGCUGUCGCCGAUACCAGGGUCGCCGUCGCGGCUGGGCGGGCUGGGCGCCGCCCCGCCGAGCGCGUACGAGGCGCCCGAGCUGCGCGUCACGUCGUUCCAGAGCGCCAGUUCGGCGGGGAAGCAUUCCGAGUCGUUCGACUUGGAGCGCAAGGCGUCCGUCGUCAGCAGAGGGAGCGAGUAUGGGGACCGGGAUCCGUUCGCGUCGGCGGCGACGCCGACGCCGACACCAGGGUUGCGGCUCGCGUCGGCGGCUGAGAGCGCGCCACCCGUGCCCUCGGUCACGGUCGCCAACAGCUCGCCGGAGAAUGUGCGGUCGCCGCUGGAACAGUCGUCCAGCCCGUCGUACUUUGACCAGAGCCACCGCCCGCAGGACUCGGUGGACAGCGCGCACCGCUCCAACGCCAGCUACGACAGCACCCACCGCCACGACGCGUACAGCAACCACCGCUCCAACACGUCCCACGACCACAACCAGUACGGGAGCAACAAUCCGUUCGCCGCGGUCGCUGCGGCCCAAAAUAACGGGUACGGCCACCAGAGCCAGUACAGCGAGAACCACAGCGCAUACUCUGACACGUCGGCGGGGCCGGACGCCGAGUGGGACGCGCUCAAGCCGUACCUCAACACGCAGAGCAGCGCGCUCGUCAACCACAUCCAAAACUUGCUCGCGGCGAUCCGGACGGGCGGGCAAGGGCCCGCACUGAACGAGCACCUCUCCGAAGUGAUCGCGGUCAGCAGCUCGAUCGUGGGCGUGUGCCGCGCCUCCCUCCCGCCGCGGCUGCAGGCGCAGGGCGAGCCGCUGCUCGCCGACCUCGUGGGCAACACGGACCGGCUGAGCGAGGCGCAGCAGGCCGCGUCGCGCGCCGGCGGCUUCGACAAAGCCUUGCGGCAAGGCAUCGCCAGCGCCUCCUUCGGCGUCGCAAAGGCCCUCAAAGCCUUCAUGAAGGUCGGCGGCACCGCCGAAUAGCUAUAAUGUAGUCCUACACUGUAUCGGAUGUCUUGGUUUGCCACUAGCCGUAGAUCUCGGCGUUGAGCCCCGUGCCCCCGCUCCACUCUUCGGGGCCGAAGAGGCCCGCCCAGCUCGCCGGCUCGCGCAGUUCGGCCUCUGGCGUCAGCUUCGUCGAGGUAGACGCACCGAUGUCGAGCAGGCGCAGCACGGCGCGCGCGAGCGCAUGCGCGUCGCCCCGGUUAUCUCCCUCCACGACCCAUGCGGCGAU